AUGAUAUGAUAAAUUGGAAAAAAAAGAAAAAGAAAAAAGGGGGAAAAUAAAAGGUCUAUCUUUGACUGAGAAGCGACCUUAAACCCUAGACCUCAGUGGAAGAGAGGAUUCUUCUUUGCUGCCAAAGCUUCUGCAUUUCUCUCCAAUGGCGACGAUACCGGUCAACCCGAAACCUUUCCUGAACAACUUGACUGGGAAGCCGGUGAUUGUGAAGCUCAAAUGGGGCAUGGAAUACAAAGGUUUUCUCGUGUCUGUGGAUUCAUACAUGAACCUGCAGUUGGCAAAUACUGAAGAAUAUAUCGAAGGACAGUUCACUGGAAGCUUAGGGGAGAUCUUGAUCAGAUGCAACAAUGUGCUGUAUCUUCGAGGCGUCCCGGAGGAUGAAGAAAUAGAAGAUGCUGAUCGUGACUGAAGCUUCAUGGUGCUAUUUUUGUUACUGUGUCAUAGCUCAUUUGCUUGAACUCUCUCAAGACACUGCGGUUGACAUGUUCUGGGUCUCGAGACUGGACAAAUUUGUUCCCAUUCCGGCUGAUCAACCCUAAUGUGAUUUGUAAUGAAAUUUGUAGGAUAUGGUGAAGUAUAUUGCAUUCUAUGAGCUGUGGUGACAAUGACAUAUUUAUUCACUAUGACUUCUUUUGUCCUCAACUUACGAGGAAUA